CCUUUCCCUAAACGACCAAACCACACACACACACUUUCAGAACCGCUUCUCCCAUACGGGGUCACCACCAAACCAUUUAGUGCUUAAUAUACUGUUUUCCAAAUGGAUCCAUUUGUGAGGCAACCAAAAGGGAUGAUAGGGAAGGAGGACAGUGAUGAAGAGAAUGAAAACCCGAGAAAAAAAUUCAAAGUCCUUGAUGAAGGGAAUGAGGAAGAUGAAGGCUCCAUCAUGGUGGAGUUUUCGGAUCCUCUGCCUUGGCAGAAGAUUGAGGCGGAGGGGUUGGACUGUGACUAUGCGCUGCUCUUUUCCAGACAGAAAGCAGAUGAGCUUUUUAAGCAACUGGAGGAAGAAGUACAAUAUUUCACAGGUGAAAAGGCCAAGGUCCAAGUGUUUGGUAAGUUUCAUGAUAUUCCGCGGAAGCAGGCAACUUAUGGGGACCCAGGGCUGAUGUACUCGUUUUCUGGGGUGUAUCACUUGGCGAGACCAUGGACCCCUACACUGGAGUACGUUCGUGAUGCUGUUACCAGAGCGACUGGAUAUACCUUCAACUUUGUCCUUGUGAACAGGUAUAAAGAUGGGCGAGACCACAUUGGGGAACAUCGUGACGAUGAGAAGGAGCUGGACCCCAAUUGUCCUAUUGCCUCUGUGUCUUUUGGGGCGGCACGAGACUUUGUGUUUCGGCACCGGGAGUCACGUGGCCAGCGGACACACUGCCGCAUUGACCCGGUAAAGUUGGAGCUGACCCACGGCAGCCUUCUGCUCAUGAACUAUCCGACCAACACGUACUGGUACCAUAGCGUGCCAGUGCGCAGGAGAGUCCUGGCACCACGCAUUAACCUCACCUUCAGGCGCAUCAUAAUGAAUAGUAAGCAUUAAGGACCCUCUGCUCUGAGCAUAUUUACACUGGUUAUAACUGGAUUGUGUUUCAUUCCUGCAUGGAUAUGGAAAUAUUACAUUACUGUUAUGUGUUAGUGGCUAAUUAAAUCAGAAAGCAGGAGAAAUGUGUUUUUCUACAUCCCAUUCAGAUAAGAUUAUUUGGAAUUAAAGGCCAGCUGACACAAUGACAAAACCAGACAUUCCGUUCUAUUUUUAUUAGUAACUUCUCAACUUAUGAAAACAAAAUAAAUCGGAUAUAUUAAGAUUAAAGACCAAUUAUCUUACAAAUACACAUUAGUGCAAAUGGGUUGCAACAGAUAAACAGGAGCAUUUAUGAUACUGUAAAUUAAUACUCAUG